UCAGCGUCCAGCCCCAACUUGAGAGUCUUUUUCCGUUAACAAUUUAAAUAAGAACUGCGAGUGGCCGGAACAACAACAAAAGCGCCCGAGUGCUGAAUUUAUAAACAAAAAAUAACUAUUUUUUUUUACCAAAAUCUGUUGCAGCGUUGAAUAAAAAACAGAGACAGUGCAAACCCAAUCGGGUAUUAUUUUUUAAUCCCACGGCGCCCACAGCACCGACUUUUACGGACCAACAAGAAAGAGCGUGCCAACUGUUUUUGUUUUUUUUUGCGCUUCGUGUCUCUCUGGUUUUGCUCUGCCGUUCGUGGUCUUUCCCUCGGUGGAAAUUCGGUUUUCCGUGCGUUGUUUGUUGCCAUCCAUCGGUCGGCGCGGAGUGCAACUACGGAAUACGGAAUACGGAAAGCGAGUACGAAGCGGAUUCGAAAGCAAAACAGCAAGCGCCAAGAGGAAGCGAGAAACGCGGCGACAAAUUGAUUUUUUUUCGUGCGAGGACGGGAAAAGUGAAGAGAGUUCAAAAAUUACAUAAAGAAGGAGACAAAGAGAAGGUGGACCUCGUAAUUGCAGGUGAAAGAGGGUCAACGAGGUCACGCGGAGGACUUGUUCCAGCAUGCACGUCGUAUACGUGAUGUAAGAGAGAAGGCAGAAAAGCAAGAGUACGAGACAGAGACAGAGAAACAGUAGAACGGAGGAGCGAGUGGAGCGAGAGGAGCGUGAGGAGCGAGAGGAGCCAGAGGCACGGAGAGGGAGAAGCAGGGAAGGCAAAGUGAAUCUCUUCCAGAGCACAAUGUCAUCGAUCUCGGCCCAGGGCGUGGUCGAGCGAGCCUCUGCCGAACUAUCGAAACGCAUCAACGGUCUGGGACUCCGAUCAAAGCACCACCACAGCAGCGGCAGCGGCAGUGCCAGUGGCGACGGCGCCUCCUCCAAUUCCACGUCCAGCACGACCGCGUCCAGCGGCAAGACCUCGGUGAUGGAGCGCGUCACGAACGCCCUCUGUGGCGGUGGCAACUCCAAUGCCAAUGCCAACGCCAACUCCAACUCCAAUUCCAAUUCCAACAGCGGCAGCAACACCUCCUCUGCUGCAGCAGCAGCCGCCACUGCCGCGAGUAAUGCCAAUGCCCCGCCCACCCCCGACAAGCCAUCGCGGGGCAGCCAGAGUCCCGGCACCGUCGCACCACAGCCGCAGCCGCUGGUGCCACCGCCGGCCAGUACCGUGCCGGCAACGCUCAACCCGACCUCGACCGCGGCCCUCCUCAUGCAACAGCAGCAACAGCAGCAGCAACAGCAGCAGCAGCACCAUCAGCUGCAGGCACAGAUGGCCGGCUCCACGCUGAUCAACUCGAAUCACCACUUGGCCAUGUCCCCAGGGGGAUCGGGACCGGUCCCGCCACCAUCGGGAUUGCCACUCGGAGCCCCACCAGCACCGACGGUCAAGUCGAUCGCCAAGCAGAUGAACAUCCAGAUUCCGGGCGUCGGUGUCGGUGUCGGCGCUGGCGCGGGCUCCGGCUCGCCCACAUUCAGCACCAUGGGCAUGGUGGCGGCCCAGAAGGCGGCCGCCGGAGGAGGGACGCCGCUGCAGCUGCGCAAGCAGCUGCCCAAUCCCCACCUGCACCAUCCGUACGGCAAUGUGGUCGUACCGGGUGUCCCGGGCUCGGGCUCGGGCUCGGGCCCGGUGCAGGCUUCCCAGUUGGUCGCCGUCGCCGCCACCCAGUCCACGCUGAUCCUCCACAAGCACCCGCACCCGCCUCUCAUCCACAGCAUCGACGCCCUGCUGCUCGACGACCGCUUCCUGAAUCGCUUUUUCCAGUACUUUUCGCCGUACGAGCGGCGCGUCCUCGCCCAGGUGUGCAUCAAGUGGCGGGACAUACUGUACCGCAGCCCCCGCUACUGGUCCGGCCUCCUGCCGACCCUGCAGUGCCGCGAGCUCCGCCAGAUGCCCGGCUGCGACCGCGGCAAGCUCUACAACUCGCUCAUCCGUCGCGGCUUCCAUGCUCUCGGCCUGGUGGGCGCCUCCGAUGAGGAUGCCCUGGACGUGGUGCACUCCUUCCCGCUCGCCUCCAAGCACGUCCACUCGCUCAGCCUGCGCUGCUCCUCGAUCAGCGAUCGCGGCCUGGAAACGUUGCUCGAUCAUUUGCAGAGCUUGUUUGAACUGGAGCUGGCUGGAUGCAAUGAAGUCACCGAGGCUGGACUGUGGGCGUGCCUGACGCCCCGCAUCGUGUCCCUGUCGCUGGCGGACUGCAUCAACAUCGCGGACGAGGCCGUGGGGGCGGUGGCCCAGCUGCUGCCCUCCCUGUACGAGUUCUCGCUGCAGGCCUACCACGUCACGGAUGCGGCCCUCGGCUACUUCUCGCCGAAACAAAGUCACAGUCUGAGCAUACUACGCCUGCAGUCGUGCUGGGAGCUGACCAACCAUGGCAUCGUGAAUAUCGUAUUAACCUGGUCGUCAACCACUUUAAUUGACGUAUUUGUUGGCUGGAACAGAGCAGCGGAGCAGCAGAGCAGCAGAGAAGCAGAGAGCUUUAGAGCAUACUUAUGGGGCAGCGGAAACCCCAUUUAAUAUGCAAUAGACGACGUUGGCAGGCAUAAACCUGCCAUUCAUUUCGCUUUCCAGGGAGAGGAACACGCCUCUGCACGGGUACGUUACUUUGACCUUUGCCAUGGCGACGGCUAUGGCUCAAAGGGCUCAAACGCCCACUUGAGUCCCUGGCAACCGGCUCGACUCGACUCGGCUCAGCUCGGCUCGGCCUGUGCAGCAGCAACGUCUGUGGCAGCAUUUUGCCAUCAAUUUCGUGGCACGUCAUUCUCUUUUGCUACCUGUGCCACACUCCCCCCAAUCCCCCAGGCUGUGGCAAUCAGCAAGAACCAUAACAACGCCUCCAUCCUACUCCCACAUGCUAUUGGGCCGCAAAUUAAGCUGCAGAUUGCUGCAAGCGCACAGGAUGCGUUUUCCCACUGCCUCAGAAGUCCCUUCGCACCGAAAUCGAAUUAUCGCAGCUCAAUGAACAAACUCGUUCUCGUUCAAGUGCAGGGCAGGGCAGGGCAGGGCAGGGCAGGAACUGAAUCUGGAGUUGCGGCUUAAGCUGGGAAUGGGACUCGGUUCAUAGGUAUUGGAGGUAUCGCAUAGCCUUGGGCGAAAAUACUGCUGGUUGCCCAUGUAGUUCGUUUGCUGUUCACCUGGACAGAGAUUCGAUUGUCAGUAUGCGAAAACCUGAUUAAACAGCGACUAAAGCUUUCUAGAACUAUUCGCUCAAAAGAUCAAAGAGUUUAUCUUAGUAAUGGAAACGUAAUAGAAAAUGUCGGGCUUCGGUUAUCCUGCGACUCACUGCCUGAGCAAACUCCAAAGUGCUUUUGGUAAAGUGCUUAAAACAUAUUUAAACACACACUAAAGCCUCCUUUUGCAUCUUGUUUACCGACAAUAUUUUCGUGAUGGAUGAAGGAGCACGGAGAGCCCAACAACGCCCAACAAACAGCAUAUUACACAUCCGCCCGUGAAACGGGGAUUGGCUCCUGUCUCUGCCGGUCUGUGGUGUGUUUGUCCAGGGUAACAGGGCGGCGGUGCGGCCCGGCGUGUCUGAGGGGCCCUAAGCAAGUAGGCGCCACAUUAAAUGCUGGCAGUUUGUGUAAAUUGGGCGGCAGUCAUGAAUUGUUUGUGGAACUCGACGAAAAAUCAAAAUAAAAUACGGAAUUUAACAAAGAAUCAACACAGAACGACAAUGAAGUACAUAUGCGACAUGUCGAGAGAGAAAAGUGGCAAAUAAAUCGGAUAAAGCUCUCGCAACAAGAACGAUAAGGAGAACACUCUUUUCUUUGUUAUUCUGUCUAUAAUCCAUCACGGAUUUGCACAACAUGCGGACCCUCUUUCCGGUUGCCUUCGAACCGGCUGAGAAGCUCAGGCGCCACAGUUUAAGCCAUUGUCAGAAGUUGUGCAAUCCGGCCCCGGGAGGAGUCGAGCUCUCUGUUCCUGGCUGCGGAAAAACUUUUAAUAAAAACAACUCGCAACCGUUUCCCCCUAGCAGUGGCAGUGGCAGUGGCAGUGGCAGUGGCAGUGGCAGAGGCACGGUGUCCGGGCUUAUCAGAACAUCGAGAAGCCGUUUGGCUAAUUGCAUUUGUCAUCUAAUUGAAUUGGGGCAAGUUUCAAGUUCGCAGAGCGGCUCGACCGCUGACUCUGCCCCUGGGAGGCGGCUCAGGUCGUUAGCGCUGGCCCAGUGCCAGUCGGCCAGUCGGCCAUUCGGGA